CCAGAGCUAAGCUGGUUGUAUUGAUGGCAGAGGAGCUGGGUGCUGCCCUGGGGGCCACCUCUGAUUCAUCACUGCCCAUUUGACACCCCUGGUUGUGUGGGAAGGAUGCAGCCACUGGCCUUAUCCCAGCAGGAGGCUGGGAACAUACUGCACUUGCCAGGUCUCCAUAACACUCCUGUUCCUGCCACUUUCCUUCUCUUCUGGGAAUGGAAAACAAAACUCACUGGGAGUUCAGGGACUUUUUUUCCAAGACUUGCCAGUGCCUGUGACUCAGGUGGCUGCUUCUGCCCUAUUGCUGUACCCACAGUGGCUCCCACCCUUGAUGCUGCUGGGAAGUGGGGUGUGGGGGCUGGCCCCUGGUUUUGUAACCAGUGGGUUGUCGAAACCAUAUCUGCGGUCAAGGGUCUGGCUCUGGGGUUGGGGGACUGCUGUGGGACACCGGAGAUGGCUUCUUGCAGCCAAGAACGAGAGCCCUGGGGGUUUCUGUCAGCUAAGCUGUUGUCCUCCCCCGGCUGGAACACCCAGGGACCAACACCCAGGCUCUCCCAGCCACUGUUGUACUCAGUCUCCUGGGGGCUUCACCCACCUUCCUCCUGUGCAGACCCUGCCUUGUCCCUGAUCCCAAAGCAUCGGGGAGCAAACCGGCAUGUUCAGAAUCCUGCAAUACUCAGCCAUGUGCUGGACACUGAGGGGGCCCAGCUGCGCCCUACAUCCCUGUGGGUCCCAUGGAUGUUCCCCCAGGGGUGGGGCGGAUCAUGGGAUGCCGAUCAUGGGAUGUGUAUCCCCGCGACACAGAGCACAGGGGGCACGGAGUGCUGGGGUCACAAGGCAUGUUCACGGGGCUCGGGGACACGGCGGCACAGGACCCAGCGGCACACACCAGCGUCCAGGAGCGGGGCUCGGUGCGGUGGCGUCCCGCCACGUCGCCGGGCGGGGCCGGGGGCGGCUCCGGUGAGUCACGGCUGCCUCGCCCCUCCCCGCGCCGCCUCAUAAAGCAGCCGCGGAGUCCGCAUGUACCGGAGCGGGGCGCGGACAGCCUGGGGAGACACCAGCCACGACCUGAGUGACCCCGGGGGGAGGAUGCUGGGGGAGCCCCUGGGAAGCCCUGCCUGGAUCCUGCUGCUCUGCUGGGGCCUGGCUGCUUGCUGCACAGGUGCCAUGGCUUUGCAGCCGCCCAGCAUCACCACCCUGCGGAUGCCAGCAGAGCUUCCUCGGCCAGGGGAGAGUGUGACUGUGUCAUGUGAAGCGUGGAGUGAGCUGCCAGAGCUGACACUGCUCUACUGGCUGGAGAACGGCUUCUUCGUGGAGAGCCUGCACCCGGACGGGGCUGUGCGCGAGGGGACAGUGCAAGAGGAGCCGCAGGGCUCGGGGUGGGCCCUGCGCCGUGACCUGCACUUCAGCUCCUUCAGCAGCCAGCACCUGCACACCAACUUCACCUGCGUGGUGCUCAGCCCCCUCGGUGUCGGCACCAGGGAGGUGCGAUGGCCGUCCCAGGCACUGGCCCCUGUCACUGGGAAGAGCGGGGGCCUGGGCUGAGACAGGGAGCAACUCCCAUGCGGGGUGAGCACCCUGCAGUGCAGCUCCCUGCUCUGACAGCCCCACACUACUGCUUGCACAUGUGAUACCUCCAGGGAGGCCCGUCUCUCUGACCUGCUUUGGGGACUGCAUGGCCCCACAUGUGCUGGCCCCACUGUGAGUGGGGCUCCUGGUGCCCCAAGCUAAGUCAGGAGCACUGCCUGGGCUGGAACCAGCUCUGCCCAUAGCUGGCUCUGGGACCCCAGGGUUUAUUAAAGUACAUCAAGGCUGCCCAGUGUCACCUGCAUCCUGGGGGUGGUGCUGCCCAGGGGUGUAGAGGGCACCUGUGGGAUGAGGAGGGAGGGAGAGGAGGUAGCCCUGGUGCCCGUGAAGGGCAGGAUCCAUUCCUCACCCCCUUCCUGCCUGGUGAAGGGCUAGAGAGCCACAGUCAGUCCCAGUUCUGCCCAGGGAAUACCUGGCAUGAUGGCUGUGCCCUGCUCUGGAGGAGAGGGUGGGUGGAGAAGCCCUGGGUUGCAGGCACCGUGGAAGAUGGGGCCAUCACAUCCCUCUCUGCACCUGGGGGGGUUGGGGCUGUUCCUCAGCGUGGCAUUGCUGAGUCCCAUCUGCUGCUCCAUGGGGCAGCCCCCGUAUCCAUCCUGUGCUGGCAGGGUCCCUGCUCUUGUGUCCCAGCCCCCUUCUUGCUCUCUCAAGUGCUUGUGGGGACUGUGACCCCCCUGGGCUGUGGGACAGGCUGGGGAACAGAUCCUGAGCCUCUUGAGCAGCCCCUGGGCUAUGGGCAUCACACUUCAGGAUGCUCAGAAUGUUGGAAGGAUAGGGAUGGGGGGGAUGGAGAAGCCUCCAGAUGCAGCCCCCCAUGAGCUGCCCUCAGCCCAGGGAGCCACAGGAGCCCCCUGGGGACACCCCAGUCCUACAGUGACUCAGGAGCCAGGGGAAGGCAAGCAGUGGAGCAGCCACCUGGGCAGGGACCUGCCCAAGGCAGCCCUGCUGCACCCCCUAGCCCAGUUAAUUCCAGACUCCAUCCCCUCUCACAGACCCCUGCCACUCAGCAAAGGCCCCUGCCAGGCUCAGCCAGUGUCCUGGGGACAGUGACACUAUGGCUAGGCUGAGCUGGGCACAGACACCUGCCAUGCAGGACCCCAUGUGGGUAUCUCCGUGUCCCCCAUCCUGUCCUACUCUCCCUGGGAUGCCAGUGGCUCCAUCCCCACCCCUUCUCCUUGCCUGCAGUGUGAUGGCAGUAGCACACUCCUCACUGCAGAGCAUGGCACCCAGCCCUGCCAUGCCGUGCCAUCUCGUGCCAUGCUGUGUCACACUUUGGUGUGGAGGUGGAGCAGCCAACAUGGAUAGGUUGGUGGCACUGGAAUGCUCCCGUGGACACAGUAGUAGCUCAGAACGU